AUGAAUGAUUUGACUUUGCCUUCAUCCACAGUCUCAAGACGCUGGAGGCGGAGGAGAGGUAUCGUGGCUUCCCGAGAGGGAAGAGAAACACACCUCCAAUUUAAAUCAGCAGAUGAAAAUGGUCAAUGCCAAUUGCAGCAGUUCUUCAAUGCAUGCAAAGGAAUUCCUCAGGUAAUAUCCCCAGUAGCUGCUGAAAGCAUGGAUUUAGCUGAAUCUGAAACUGUAACAAGACUGCCUCAUAUUCAUACAAAUGUCUCAAAAAUGAAUAAUGAACCGGGGGUCAUUGGUGAAGCUAGCUCAAGCAACGACAGUGGGGACCAACAAUUCAAUCAUCAAAUCACAACAGUUGUGACAACUCUCCCAUCAGCCCCACCUAUGGACUACACAAUCAAAGAGGAUGAUCCAAUCCAUUAUCCCAAAAUCGAUGUCAGCCACAUUGAUUCAUCUAAAGAAGAGGUGGUGAAAGAAGAUUUGUCUUGUGUUAUAUGUUUGGAUGCCCCUAUUGAGGGAGCUUGUGUUCCAUGUGGUCACAUGGCAGGAUGCAUAUCUUGUUUGAAAGAGAUCAAAGCAAACAAGUGGGCUUGCCCAGUAUGUCGUGCUCAGAUCGACCAGGUUGUGAGGCUUUACUCCGUUUGA